AAUUUAUAUCCAAAUCCAAAUUAAAUCUUUGAAAUGUCUAACCACAAAUUAAAAUCAAGAAGAUCCAACGUUAGGGACACGCAACAUUUUAGCCGCCAACCUUCUAUAUAAACCCCCAAAUCCUUCAUUCUUCAAUACCACACACCUACUAUAAUUAACCAUUCAUCAUACUAAUUGAUCAACAUGGGAUUAAUCCUCAAAAACCUCACAAUGGUGUUUUUGUCUCUCUCAAUAUCAUUAUUGAUGAUCACUUCCUCCCGUGCCGCCACUUUCGACAUCACAAACCGAUGCGGCUUCACCGUCUGGGCCGCCGCUUCCCCCGGCGGCGGCCGUAGACUCGAGUCUGGUCAGUCCUGGCAGAUCAACGUCGCGCCAGGGACCGUCCAGGCUCGAAUCUGGGGCAGGACCAACUGCAACUUCGACGGCAGCGGCCAAGGCCAGUGUCAGACUGGCGACUGCAACGGCCGUCUGGAGUGUCAGGGCUACGGACGGGCCCCCAAUACCCUAGCCGAGUUCGCCCUCAAUCAACCCAACAACUUGGACUUUGUCGACAUCUCUCUUGUCGACGGGUUCAAUAUCCCGAUGGAAUUUAGCCCCAUAACCAAUGUUUGCCGCAACCUUAGGUGUACUGCUCCGAUCAACGACCAGUGCCCGAAUGAGCUGCGGACCCCGGGCGGAUGCAACAACCCUUGCACUGUCUUCGGUGGGAACCAGUAUUGUUGCACUAACGGGCCCGGAACAUGUGGUCCAACACCAUUUUCAAGGUUCUUUAAGGAGAGGUGCCCUGAUGCUUAUAGCUAUCCCCAAGAUGAUCCGACAAGCCUUUUCACUUGUCCAGCUGGUACCAACUACAGGGUUGUCUUCUGCCCAUGAACAUAACUCGUAUUGUGGUUCAUAGUUUAAAAUUUAAAUAAUUAAUUAUCCGUGGAGUCUCCCUCGAAUAAUUGAAAUUGUAUGAAAUAUUUUAUCCAUGUGGCAUAAUAUUUCAUAUUUAUGUUGUAUUU